AUGGCUACCAAUCUUCCUAAUUCCGAUAUUGCCCUCAGUGAUACGGCAUCUCAACCAGAUGAUCAACCGAUAGCAAUCCCGAAGACCUCGGCGUCCUCUCAACCAUCAAACGAUCUGAAGCUAAACGACUACACUCAACAGCACCAAAUAUCCUCGCAAGAGUCGGAAACGGCUGGCAAAGCUGCCAAGGCCGGGAUGGAUGCCAGAACUAAGAUCUCCAGUCUGCUGAAGGAUAAAGAGCAGGAAUGGACAGCUGUGGCGGAGAAGAAAGGCCCUCUUCGGCUGCUUCAUCUGCCCAUGGACGUCUUAAAAGAAAUUGUGAAAGAAGUGACCCAUACGAAUGACCUCACGGCCCUCGCCCUGACACAUUCUGCACUACAUAACCUCGCGAUUCCGCACAUAUAUUCUCGAUUUGACAUUGUAUGGCCGGAUGCACAUGCCACCACCGAUCCUAGAACUGGCGUAGAUGCUCUCACAUACGGGCUUGCUACGCUAUGUAUGGGUGAUGUGAUUGCAAAUAAUGGCGGGGAACAGUCCUUUACCUGCACAAAUUGUGGUGCCGUCAACAAUACAGAGUGCAACCAUGACUUACGGCCGAACCCUGGGAAUGGUCAACGACGUAUGGGCAAUCAAUAUCCGCAGUUUACGCGAAAGUUUUCUCUUGGGAAUGGGCCGGCAGAUUGGGUCCAAGAAUAUCUUAUUACAAAAGAGAGUGGGAAAAUGCUUGGGACGCUUGUUGCUUUGGCAGUGAAAAGGAUGGUGAAUUUGGAGGCAUUCGUUUGGGAUAUGCCCACUGGCGUCUUAAGAGAUGUUUGGCUUGCGCUGUCAUCUCUGCAAAGUAGGCACCCUGGCCGAGAAUGUCGCCUGGAGCGCGUUUGGGUUAGAUGGCAUGAUAAUUCGGAUCCUGUCAAUUCAGCGGCAGGUCAAACUUCGCCCGCCGCCUCAAGUACCACUCCGCAGAUGUUGGCCGGUAGCACAAUGACUUCAAUUGGAUGGACGGUCCCUUCUGGCACCAAUCUAAACCCUCCAGGUCAUUCCUAUCCUCGCAGUUAUGCUCAAAGCCAUGUGGAAUAUCCGACACUGAGUGUCCUCCCCCCUCUGAAGAGUCUAUCUGUACUUGAUAUUGAUGAGCUUGAUUAUCUGGAUGAGAUGAGUAUGCUCAUUGCAAAAUCAAAAGACUGUUUGCGGGAGCUGCGGGUCGGGAUCUCUGCAAAGGCGGUCAACAGAGAUUUUGUACUUGCUUGGGAUGGCCCCGAGCUGCAGCAAGUUGAUCAUAAAGCGCCGUGGCCUGGGGCGAGUACGAUUGGCGAGAGGCGGUUGGGAGGCGUCUUAGGCGCUCUCGUAGGCCGCAUAUUCGAUAUCCGCAAGAAGCAAAGGGCGAUCAGACCCGAGAAGAAAGACUGGGGAGUUUCGGCAGCUUCAUCUACUCCGGUGCCAGCAGAUGCUCCGCACGUAGAGACGCAGGUUCCGUUCCCCACUGGGCCCCAAACGGACGAAGGGUUAGGGAAUCCACUUCUGGAUACAUCGCAGAGUAGCUCUUUGGAGGAAUACUGGGAAGCCAAAGAAACACCAGCAGCCGGAGAAGAAACCGCUCCAACCCCGGGUGUUGCUUUCAACAUCGAUGGUGGGGCAUCAUUAAUCCACUCAAAUGAGCUCCAUGACACUACUCCAUCGGAUUUGGUGACCGCUCCUCUACAACUAGAUCAUGCGCAGUCUGAUAUGGACUCACUCAAUGCAUUGAUCUCCGCCCACGGGUCUGCUUCGACCGCCCAUACACACUAUGGUGCUGUCCUCCCAGGAGCUACCACAGAUCUUCCUUUGAGGCGUUCGCAACCCCAAUACCGAAAACAAUCACAUUUCUCUGAAAUACCUCCAUCUGAAAGAACAAGAUUGGAGGGAAAAUUGAGAUUACAAACUCUAGAGCUGGAGCGCGUUCCAUUAUCUGUAGUGGUGCUCCAAAAAGCUUUUGACUGGACGGUUCUAACGAACCUGACUAUACUGGACUGUCCUCAACACGACAGGCUAUGGGUCAUGUUGCGACGACAUUUCCAGCCGUCACCAACUGGUCCAAGCCAGUCUACAAAACAGGGAUCGACUAUGGCCCUACAGUAUCAUCUGAACCUCAGAAAGAUCCACACUGAUGCAGCCUCCACCUCUCUCAUAGCUUUUUUGAAGGACACUCUGGCGCCGAACACAUUGGAGACACUUUUCCUUCAAGACCGGAGACGGUCUAGUAAUACGAACGUCACAAUAGACGCUAUAUAUCGGGGCCCCUUGAAAAGGCACCGCGCCAGUCUCAAGAAGUUGAUGUUAGACAGCUCCGACAAGAUACCACGAGGGCCAAGCUCAUCGGACGGCUCACGGUACAGGACCUGGAUGCCUAAUCGCGAUGUCCUCAACUUCAUCACCAGUGGACGCAUGUCUAGUCUUCGAGAGUUGAGUAUUGCCGUUGACUAUAAGGACUGGCAUCACUUCCUCCAACGACUACCCAAUGUCCCUCAUUUGCGCUCUCUGAACAUACCGUUUAUUGCAGAUCAUGUUACGGCUGCAUUUGACCCCCGCGAGCUAGCUCUGCAAGUUGUCGACGUAAUCGUGCUCCGUCCAGAAGUUGAGCUAUGUUACAUGGGCGUCUCGCACAAAUGCUUCGAAAUUCUAGAGAACCGUCCGCAAGACGAGGCCCACGGAUCUCCAGACAAUCAUUCCAGCGCCAUCAGUGCCGGCCAUGGAGGAGUGACAAUCGACGAGGACGAUGAUGAUGAGGAUGAGGAGGGAAGCGACGAUGAAGAUGAGGACGAAGAAGAUGACAACGGGACUGCUAUCGCGCCUGUAGAUCCGGACGAGACGGAAUCAGAAAUUUCGGAUCAUUCGGAUUCGGAUUCGGAUUCUUAUGAUGAGUCUGAGGACGGUCUAUCGAAAGUCAGACUGAGGUUGAGAGAAAUCCUCUUUUAUGACGAUAAGGUUGCUAUAUUCAAAGCACGGCAUGGGAAACUCUAG